AUGGCGGCUGCGAACGGCGUUGGGAACCCGCAAACCGGCCCGGGGCUGAGUCGCUGGAAUUGGAGUAAGGGGCCCUCAACGACGACGGCGGCUCGGGACGGCCCGGAUCCCUGCCGCUCUGGUGUCUGCUACGCUCUCCUUUACCUGGUGGUGUCGGCCCGUGUGGGGCUCUGCCGAGACUGCGACAAGGCGCCGUGUAUCUACGGGAGAUGUGUGAAUGGGAGCUGCGUCUGUGACCAAGGAUGGGUCGGCGAGCAGUGUCAACACUGCGGGGGCAGAUUCAAAUUAACUGAACCAUCAGGAUAUUUAACAGAUGGACCAAUAAAUUAUAAAUAUAAAACUAAAUGCACGUGGUUAAUUGAAGGAUACCCAAAUGCUGUAUUAAGGUUAAGAUUUAACCACUUCGCCACGGAAUGUAGCUGGGACCAUAUGUAUGUAUAUGAUGGCGAUUCAAUAUAUGCACCAUUGAUAGCUGUGUUCAGUGGUCUAAUAGUUCCAGAGGUACAUGGGAAUGAGACUGUACCUGAAGUAGUUACCACAUCUGGCUAUGCAUUGCUGCACUUUUUUAGUGAUGCUGCUUAUAACUUAACUGGAUUCAAUAUAUUUUAUUCGAUUAAUUCCUGCCCAAACAAUUGCUCAGGCCAUGGAAAGUGCGUGACAGGAAGUAGUGGCAGGGUGUUCUGUGAAUGCGAUAAAUAUUGGAAGGGAGAAGCUUGUGACAUUCCAUAUUGUAAGGACAACUGUGGGAGCCCAGAUCAUGGCUACUGUGAUCUAACUGGAGAGAAGCUCUGUGUCUGUAAUGAUAGCUGGCAAGGACCGGAUUGUUCUUUGACCGUUCCAUCAAUGGAAUCCUACUGGGUACUGCCAAAUAUUAAACCCUUUAGCCCCAGUGUGAGCCGUGCAUCACACAAGGCUGUUGUAUAUGGGAAGUUUAUGUGGGUGAUUGGUGGAUAUACCUUCAAUUAUAGUUCAUCGCAGAUGGUCCUUAAGUAUGACUUGGAGAGCAGUGGGUGGACGGGUGUACCCAUAACAAGUGUUGCAAGACCACCUUCAAGAUAUGGACAUUCUUUAACAUUAUAUCAGGAUGAUAUUUACAUGUAUGGAGGAAAAAUUGAUACUGAUAAUGGAAAUAUCACAAAUGAACUGUGGAUCUUCAACAUCCCCACUCUAUCAUGGACUAGAAAAACUCCAACAGUUCUAAACCCUGGCCAACAAUAUGAUGUGGAAGGGCACUCGGCACAUAUCAUUGAAAUGGACAGUGGGGAUGUCAUCAUGAUUAUCAUUUUUGGAUAUUCUGCACUUUAUGGUUACAUAAAUAGUGUUCAGGAAUACAAUAUAAAGACCAACACAUGGUUAGUGACAGAGACCAGAGGUGCGAUAGUCCAGGGUGGAUACGGGCACAGCAGUGUUUACAAUGCAAUGACAAAAUCGAUUUAUGUGCACGGAGGAUACAAAGCGUAUACAAACAAUAAAUAUGGCUUAGUGGAUGAUCUCUACAAGUACACAGUAAAUAGUCGUACUUGGACAAUCCUUAAGGAAAGCGGAUUUGCUCGUUAUCUACAUUCAGCUGUCAUCAUCAGUGGGGCUAUGCUCAUUUUUGGAGGGAACACCCACAAUGACACAUCUCUGAGCAAUGGAGCAAAAUGUUUCUCUGCUGAUUUCCAAGCAUAUGAUAUUGCUUGUGAUGAAUGGACAGUUCUUCCGAAACCCAAUUUGCAUCGUGAUCUCAAUAGGUUUGGGCACUCAGCAGUUGUAAGCAAUGGGUCUAUGUAUGUGUUUGGUGGUUUCUCCAGUAUGCUUUUGAAUGAUGUCCUUGUAUACAAACCUCCAAACUGUGAGGCCUUCAGUGAAGAUCUUUGCAUAAAUGCUGGUCCAGGUAUUAGAUGUUUGUGGCAAAAGCAUCACUGUGCUCCGUGGGACCUGGGCCACAGUAAUAGUAGUUUCCAUGAGGUGAAAUGUCCCCUCAAAACCAUGGCUACAGAUGACAGAUGUUUCAAAUAUACAGACUGUGGCAGCUGCACUGCCAAUACAAAUGGGUGUAAGUGGUGUGAGGAUAAGAUGUGUAUUUCUGCUGGAAGCAACUGCACUAUGUCUGUGACAAACAGUACCAAAUGCCGUAUGCAGAAUGAACAUAUUUGUAGCAAACUUACAAGCUGCAAGACCUGUUCAAUGAAGCUUAACUGCCAGUGGGAUCAGCGGAACCAAGAGUGUCAAGCUUUACCAGAUCUUGAAAGAGGUCUGAAAACUGGGUUUGUUGCUGCAAUUCCAGCUCAUCUUUGCGGAGAAGGCUGGAGCCAUGUUGGGGAUGUCUGCCUCCGGAUCAAUGCAAGUCGAGAAAACUAUGAUAAUGCUAAACUUUAUUGCUACAAUCUUAGUGGAAAUCUUGCAUCCCUUACUACAUCUAAGGAAGUUGAAUUUGUUCUAGAUGAGCUACACAAAUAUACAGUACAGAAAAUAUCACCGUGGGUUGGAUUACGCAAGAUCAACAUCUCCUACUGGGGUUGGGAAGACAUGUCACCUUUUACUAACACUACCCUGCAGUGGCUUCCUGGUGAACCCAAUGACUCUGGUUUCUGUGCUUAUCUAGUAAGAGCUGAAGUUGCUGGACUGAAGGCUUAUGCGUGCACUGAAAUGGCAGAUGGUCUGAUCUGUGAAAAACCAGUUGUCAGUCCAAAUCAAAGUGCUAGACCAUGCAAGGCUCCUUGCUCUCUCAGAACAACUUGUUCGAAUUGCACAAGCCAGAAUGUGGAAUGCAUGUGGUGCAGCAGUGCUAAGCGUUGUGUGGAUUCCAAUACAUAUGUAAUUUCUUUCCCAUAUGGACAGUGCAUGGAGUGGCAAACUGUGAGCUGCCUUUCUCAAAAUUGUUCCGGACUUCGUACAUGUGCACAGUGUUUGGAACACCCUGGUUGUGGUUGGUGCAAUGAGCCCACUAAUACAGGAAAGGGACAAUGCAUAGAAGGCUCUUCAAGAGGACCAAUGAAAUCUGCUGGGCAGAAUAUCCGAGAAAUGACACUUGAUAUGGAUCUUUGUCCAAAAGACAAAAGCAAUGAAUGGGCUUUCAUUCGGUGCCCAGCUUGUCAGUGUAAUGGACACAGCACAUGCAUCAAUGGCAGCACUUGUGAACAAUGUAAGAACCUCACUGUUGGAAAGCAAUGCGAAGCUUGCAUGCAGGGAUACUAUGGAGAUCCAACUAAUGGUGGCAGAUGCCAAUCUUGUAAAUGCAAUGGACAUGCAAAUGCUUGCCACGCCCAAACAGGAAAAUGCUUUUGCACAACAAAAGGAAUCAAAGGAGAUCAGUGCCAGUUGUGUGAAUCAGAUAACCGUUACCUUGGCAACCCGCUCAAAGGAACCUGCUACUACAGUCUUUUGAUUGACUAUCAGUUCACCUUCAGCCUCACCCAGGAUGAUGACCGCCAUUACACAGCUAUCAACUUCAUGGCUACCCCAGAACAGACAAAUAAAGAUCUUGACUUGUCCAUCAAUGCGUCAAACAAUUUCAAUUUAAAUGUCACUUGGUCCAUAGGAUCAACUGCUGGAACGAUAUCUGGAGAAGAAGUACCUAUAGUCUCAAAGAUGAACAUUAAAGAGUACAGAGAUGGCUUUUCCUAUGAAAAGUUUAAUUUUCACAACAAUCCAAAUAUCACAUUCUACGUAUAUGUUAGCAACUUUAGCUGGCCCGUUAAAAUACAGAUUUCCUUUUCACAACACAGUAGCUUUAUGGAUCUGGUCCAAUUCUUUGUCACAUUUUUCAGCUGUUUCCUAUCGUUACUCUUGGUGGCCGCUGUUGUGUGGAAAAUAAAACAAACUUGCUGGGCUUCACGAAGGAGAGAGCAACUCAUGCGAGAAAGACAGCAGAUGGCUAGUCGUCCUUUUGCAUCUGUUGAUGUUGCCCUGGAAGUUGGAAGUGAACAGCUUGAUAUCAUAAGAGGACCAUUAGAGGGAGCCCCCAAACCUAUUGCUGUGGAGCCUUGCUCAGGAAAUAAAGCUGCGGUUUUGACAGUUUUUAUAUGUCUACCACGAGGUCCAACUGGCACCCCUCCUCCUGGUCAAACAGGUCUUGCCAUAGCCAGUGCUCUUAUAGAUAUUUCUCAACAAAAACCAAGUGAGUGCAAAGAGAAGACCUCAGCAGUUAGGAACAGAAAACAACUCCCUCCUACACAUCAAGGAACUUGUGUAUAAAAGAUAUAAGAACUGUACUUGUUUAUUCUUUAGUCUUUUUUUCCCCCUUUUGAUAUGGCUUUAGUUUAAAGCCACUCAACAGCCUCAGUUUUUGUCGGGGCAACAGCAUAAGAAUAUUAAAACAUGUGCCCUGUCAUCUCUGCAUAUGAAGUCAGUGAUGGGUCCUGUACCAGUGGAUGGGGGUUACACUUGUCUUCCAUGCUGUCAGUUUGAUUUAUUACGUUUAUAAAUCAUUAGCCAUAUUUGUGAAUACGAUUAUGGAAGUAAAAUUUAAAAUGGUAAAUGACCACAGAAAUGUUAUUUCCAUUUUAGGCAUAUAUGCUGAUGGCAAUUGAUUGUUGUUUGAAUAACUAUCAGUUUUUAAGAAUGUCAAAGUAUUAAUGCAAAUAUGUUAACAGAGGACUGAAUGUUUUUGAUAUAUGUGAUACUGCGAUUUUGGUAACUGUGAAGGGGAGGAAAGAAAUGUGUAAAUGUGGAUGCAUUUAUAACCAUCCCUGAAGUCUCCAGUUAUUUUUAUUCUGCAAAGGUCAUAUGGAAUAAUACCACUGUGGGCAGUUGAUUCAUUAUUACUUGCAUGUUACAGUGGUGCUGGAGCAAUAAUUAGAAAUCAAUAGUAUGCUAAUAAUUUGAAAAAAAUAUACAAGAGUUGCAAUUUAUGAUAUUCCUGGAUUCUGUGUUUACAUUUCAGUCUUAGUAGGGAAUGCAAAAAAUACUUCACUGCUGUACUGUUGAAUCACAGUACAGGAGAGCAUUUGUAAAAAUGUUAUUUAUUGCAGACAUCUAAGGGAAAACUGCACAUAACUACAUUUUUUAAAACAAUUUCUAUUAAGCAAAUCCAUUUUGGUGUAAGUUUACUGGGACAACUGUAUAUCACAGACAAAAAGAAAAUACAUUUAAGCAUGGAAAGCAGAUUGUGCAGUUGCGGUUGGUGUUCAUUAUGUAAGUAACUUUGAUAAACACUUGAUUGAAAUGAUAGAUAAGUAAUGGUGAAGGACACAGGGUAGAAGAAUAAAGUGAAUUUGUGUUUUUUUGUUUGCCGGGCAGGUUUCAGUGGCUGAGUUUGUCACAUUACAGUUUAUUCAGACAAUAAAUUCUGCAAAGCUAUUCUGUUUUUUUUAAUUCAGACAUGCUGUAAUUAAAGAACAUGCGACAGGUUGACAGGGGACACUUGGGUUCAGUAAAGUGUCUGAUUCCAGUUUUCAUAUUUGGAGGAAAUCUUCUAGAGGAAUUGUAGUAGACAAUGAUCUUGGAUUUUUCCCACUGUGUAAACAGAAGCUGUUCUUUGUAUGUAACAUUUGUGUUGAAUUGCACUGAUCUAUGGGAUUUUAGUUCUAACCUAUAUUGGAAACACAUUUAAGUAACUCUGUAUUAAGGAUUGAUGGAAGCCCCAUUUUUUUGUCUCAUAUUUUGGACAAGGGUUCUGUGAUUACCUUAUUUUUUUUACUCAUUUGUUCCAUUUGUGUCUUGCCACGUAAUUCAUAAAACCAUAAAGUUGUCACAUCUGUAAAUAAACAUUUGACAGGGGCAGUCAGGUGAUUGCACAAAGAAGUAUUUUACACUGAAAUGUUUAGAUUUGUAUCAUUAAAGAACAGCUCACAUAAAUUCUGUGUUUACCUGGGCCUAUGUAAAACAUUUUUGAAGCUUCAACAUAAUAAAAAAAU